AUGCAAGAUCCACAAACCAGGAACUCAUCUUCAUUAUCACCUGCGUCUUCUUCUAACGGGAUAGAUUUAGAUUGGCUUUAUUUACAACCCAAUUCGACUUCACUUAACAAUUCACAAGCUAGACGUUUACUCAUUAGCAGGCACUCUACUUUUGAUUUCUGUGAUGGUUAUAGACCUUAUGAAGGCGCUGUAGUUGUAUUGACUGGUGAUCCAGAUUCCAUUUCCCCUUCUCAGCUCUGCGCUUGUACGAGAACAUUGGGUGAUCACACGAAUCCUGAUCAGGAUGUUGAGGAGGAAAUUAGAAGAGCUAAAGUUGCACUCAGGAUCGAUGAGUUACUCAGAGACAUUAACAAGUUGGAUAACUUUGAUUAUUCUGAUCAAGACAUUGAUAGCUUAAAGAAACAACUUAUACCACUAUCACUAGACAAUGACCAAGAUAAUCAACAACUCAAUGAUCAUAAUGAACCACCUCUAAAGAAACCAAAACUAGAAUCCCUCGAUGAAGACGUCAUUCCUUCUGACGUACACCAACACCUCCAAGACAAAGUAGAAGAAGACAACCGCAAGCAACACCAAGAACACCUUCAACAUGAAAAACAAGCCCAUAUGAAUGUCGAUGCCCUCACUGUAGGCGUUUCAGUUGACUCUGACGAUUUCAACAAAGACAGUCAGCAACCCAAAAAACAACGUCCGGCUGUAAUUGAAGAAAAGCAGAAACUAAUUCAAUUCAAAGUUGUCAAGAAUGAUCCCACUCUCUCUCCAGACGAACAAUCACAAAAUCUCAUUAUACUCGCAGGUCUCAAAGCUAUUUUUCAGAAACAGCUACCAAAAAUGCCAAGAGAGUAUAUCGCCAGACUCGUCUACGAUCGUAAUCAUAGAUCUAUGGCUAUUGUAAAGGAAGGUCUUCAGGUCAGAGGUGGUAUUACUUGGAGACCAUUUGAAAGUAGGGCUUUCUCUGAAAUCGUCUUCUGCGCAAUCACUGGUAGUGAGCAAGUCAAGGGUUACGGAUCACACCUCAUGAACCAUCUUAAAGAUUACAUCAAAGCCACCUCAUCUAGUAAACAUUUCCUCACCUAUGCAGACAAUUACGCUGUUGGGUACUUUAAAAAACAGGGUUUUACAAAGGAGAUCACACUGCCGCGUGAGAUAUGGACUGGUUAUAUCAAAGAUUAUGAGGGUGGUACGAUGAUGCAGUGCUCUAUGUUGCCCAAAAUUAAUUAUUUAGAUGUGCACGAUAUACUAUCUCGACAGAAAGAUAUGGCUUUGGAAAAAAUACGCGAAUACUCGAAGUCACACAUAGUGCACCAAGGAUUGACGCAUUUCAAAGAUGCUCCCGAGGGAUACAAGAUAGAUUAUCGCGAGGUACCAGGGUUGAUCGAGAGUGGUUGGAAUCCUGAACUAGACGCACUAUGUCAACGUCCAUCACGGAACCCUGACUUUGCAAUCAUGCACCACUUACUCUCUGACCUACAAAAUCACGCUUCGUCUUGGGCAUUCCUCAGUCCCGUAAACAAAGACGAAGUAGCUGAUUACUAUGAGGUAAUCAAAGAGCCAAUGGAUCUCAGCACAAUGGAGCAGCGUCUGGAUGAUAAUCUGUAUGAGAAUCUCGACCAUUUCUUAGCUGAUGCUGGUAAAAUAUUCAACAACUGCAAAGCAUACAAUGGCGAGGGGAGCAGCUACACCAAGAAUGCGAUUCGGUUAGAGAAAUUUCUGAAAGAACGACUACAGGCGUGGAAGUCUGAUUAA